GGUGAAUUAGCGCGGGACUUUGUUUGACAGCUGAGAAGUUGGCUCUGAUGCUUGUUUGUGUGGUGCAAAAAAGUGCUGAAAAAUGCAAAAUUACAGUAGAAAAAGUGAAAAGUCUGAGAAUAAUUUGUUGUUCUUUGAACAAGGAAAAAGUAUCAAGUCAAUUGAUGAUGGUCUUCAUGCGUUGAGGCAAGCUUUGGGGGAGAAAAAUAAGAAGGCGUCAGUGCUAAAGAUCCUUGAGCAUCUGCAGAGGAUACUCAAUCUGAAAUUACAUCGUGAUGUCUUCUUUACCAAAGAUGGAAUACAGUUUUGUGUUGUCCAGAUUGCUCCCUUGCUUAUUGACGAAAAUGAUAAAAUAUCGCACUCUUCGCUGUCGAUCAUGGAAGCUUUUGUCCCUUCCUUUCGACGAUCCAUCGUCACGUCCAAUAUGCAGAUUACUGCGAUUGGCGUUUCGAAAACGCUUGUGGAAGGAUUGAUCAAAAUGCGCGACAUGGGCAAUUCUAGGUGGCACAGAAUUUGGUGUACCUGGAUCAAGAUUCUCCUGACAGUGUUUGUACAGCCGAAUGAAUUGUCUCUGGUCAAUAGCGUCCUCAAAGUUGUAGAAGGGGGCUUUAAGCACACAAAUAUUGAUAUCCGGACACAAUCUUUUGAAUGCUGGAAGGUAUUGCUAAAAAUUCUCGCUGGAGAGGGGCAGCUCGUUGGAAAGUUGAUAUCCUUAAUGGCAAUUCCUCUUUACUACACCACAAAUUACAAUAAUGCCCUCGCGGAAGUAAAAUUCUCCACUUGGUGGUACUUUCUGUGCAACAUCAAAGGCAACAUCAAUCAGGAAAAUACCCCGAUGGUUGUGACCCCUUUUCUCAAGUUCUGCUUUGAACCUUACACCACAGUUUUUGGUGGUCGUAUCAUCACGGAGAGUAUCAGUUUGUCGCCUGGAAAGAAGGUCACGACGCUUCAUGAGAAAGUUAUUUGUGCCCUGGUGUAUCUCUUGGGUUCAGCAGAUGAGGCUGUUGUGAAUCUAAAGGAGAAAAGUGGUGUCGAAAUUGCCACUGAGAGCAUCCUCAAUUUGGACAUCUACAGAGAGAUUCAGGGAGAUAUCGUAUGGAGUUGUCAGGAGGCAACAUUAAUGCUAGUGGAACUCAAGGAAGUCGACAGUUUGGGAAUCUGUCGGAAUCUCUGGAGCAAUGUCCAGAAAUUCUUCGGAAGUGAUCCUACCCUGAAGUCUCUGAAAGAUCUUUUCGACGUGAUGGAAGUCCUUGGGGUACGAUGUGAGGAUGUUCCGAAGAUUGUACCCCAUCUGCACAUCAUUAUAGAUAAAAUGCUACGCGUAGAACAGGAUAAUCGAUACUUUCCAUCUGAUUUAAUUACGUUUCUAGACAUCAUGCAGCAAGCUAUAAAUUUCCUCCUGAACACAUCACCAGACAUUAUCAAAUCUGAGCAGAUUAAUAAAAUCUCAACGUUCAUUUUCGAAAUCUUCCCACGAUCAAACAACAUGGAAAUGCAGGAGAAACUUCUUGAUAUCUUUGUAGCAAUUGACGUGAAAAGCAUAAAGAAUCUCUCAUCGCUUCAUACGCUCACGAAGAACUACAUGGGCUUUCUCGGGAGGUACAGGAGGAACCUCGCUAAAGUUUAUCCUGAGAAAAGAAGUGACAUCAUUGAAAUGAUGGGCGAUAAAUUGUUUAAAUGGUGCUUGGAUGGAUACCAAUUGAAUUCGCAGUACACAAAGGAGGAUUUUAUGAGAGACUGGAAACCAAUUUGUGAAGAAUUUGUCUUCUUGGGAGUCAAAAGUGUACGUGAGCUGUACAGCAGAAAGUCCAAGGAGGCAGGAAAAGAAUUCAUGGACAUUUUUGAAAAACUCGUAAAGGUUGAUCGAAAUAAUUUAACAUCAUCUCAUGGGCUGACAGAACAAACAGAUAAUGAUUCUUUUGUCGAAAUUACUCCUAAAAAUGUGCCUAUGCUCAGAAUUCGAACAAAUAUUCUCACUGAGACUCAGAAAGAAAAGUUGCAAAAACGUUCAGAUGAUAUUCCGGCGCUUUACAAUGAUAUGUCCCAGUCUGUAGAAUCUAUGCCAUUUACUGACACUUCUACGGAAUCUCAGUUAGUUUCGAAGGAAAAUGUUUCCAGUUCAGUUGUUGAAGCCACGCCAAAUGAAACAUCAAUAACUAACUUGAAAAUGAUGAAAGAAUUGGAACGAUUGAAGACUGAUACAGUUGAGGGACAUAAUCUUGUUAUUGUACCACGAUCGGCACGUAGGAAAAGUAAUGUUACUGAGGCUAAAAAUGACGAACAACCCAAGAGGAUUCAGACACGUCGUUCAAGUUUGUUAUUGACUCAGAAUGUUCAGAAGGAAGUAACACCAGUGUCGAAGAAGAAGAAGAAGGAUGAUGUGUUGAGAGAGAGUCCUGUUCCGGCAUUGCGAUUGCGUGAUAUGAAGACACCAUCUCCGGAAAAGGUGAAAAGGCCAUCAGUUGAUCAUAACUAUCAUAUUCGGUUGCAAAAGACUCCGUCACCCGGUAAGGUGACUAGGAAUUCACCCAUGAAAAAUGGUUUGAGUGAUGAUCUGAUGGUGGUUAUGUUGCGCAAUGCAAGAGAGGAAUUUGAGGCACUGAAGAAGAGAUGUGAAGCAGAAGUGAAUGAGAAUAAUGAAGCAUUAUUGGCACAAGCGAAGGCUUCAACUAAAGAACAAUCAAAGGUAUCACCGACAAAAAAUGCCACAAAAGUGAUUCCAAUACAAAAAAUCAAACCAUUUUCACUGGAUUCAUCCGAAACGCAGAGUCUCUUCUCGGAAUCUCAGGAGGAACUUCCCCUUGGACAACCAAUGAAUUUGUCCCAGGCAGAUACCCAAGUACAAACUCCAGAAGAGAACCAAACUCUAACGAGAGAAGAGCCUACAUCACUGUUUGUUGAGUGUGAUUCAGUGGGUCAAAACAAUGAUGAUACCCUGAAGAAUACGGAAAAUACUUCGCCAAAUCCCCUCACGAAGAUUUUUGUUAGAAUUAAUGAAAAUAACAAAAAUAGCCCCAAAACUGGCCAUUCAACGCGAAGUUUCUACAAAGUCAAGGAGAAUCCACGUGUUGAUCUCUCGAAUUCAGGAGGAGCACAAGGUUCACCCAAAUUCACUUCAAGGGCCGCACAGAUGCUCUCUAUGAUCACAUCGAGUCCGUCAACAUCGUCAAAACAGACCGACGUAGCAACUGCCUCGAAGACGCCAUCCAAGGAAGAUGACGCUAUUUUACGCUUCUCCACUACUUGCCCACCGCCAAAUGCCACACCACGACUGAGUAUUCUCAAAAGGAAGAGAGAUGCGAAUCUCGAUGAAUCAACUGACAUGACUACUAAGAAAAGACGUAUAAGCUUCCAUGAUCCUCCAGUGACAAGGACAAAGGAAUACAUAUUGGAUGAGUCUGAAAUUGCUAUAAAACAGACAGAUAAUUUGCGCAGGAAGAAUCUUCUGAUGGAUUCUCCACCAACGGCUGAGCCGGAAGAAAUGGAUGACAAUGACAGCGAUUGGGAAGAUUUGGGAGAUGACGUUGCAAUAGUUGAGCCAUUAGUUGUGGCUGGACCGAAGAAGGCGUCCAAGAAAGGCAAGAAAGGCACCAGGAGAAAUCCAUCUCGUGAAAAGGACAAAAGACCACCUCCUCCGGUAAUGGUGUCUAUAGGUGCUGACCAAAUCAUGGAGAAUCCUACGGAAGAAGUUCCGGAGAUGAAGAUCAUCUUUACGAAUGAUGAUGAAGUGUUCAAUUAUGCAUUGAUGAAAUUCAAGGAUAAAUUAUUUGAUCAUAUCCUCACAAAUUCACAAGAUAUGCAGAACUUUGUUGGGAAAGUCGUGGAAAGAUUCGGAUCACUGACUCUGAAUGAGAUCCUAAGUAUUCUAGGGAUCAGUAAGAGUACUUAGGCUGAUGAAAUAUGUUUGUAUUUUAAUUUUAGAAACAGGAUGGAUGUAAAAAUUAUUUACAAAAUAUCGAUGAGAAAUUAUGUAAAAUUUUGCAGCAAAAAAAAUAUAAAUAAAUAUGGAAUAUUAUUCGAUAUACAAAAUUGAAAAAAAAAAGAGUUGCAAAUGUUUUUAAAUUUCUUUUAUUCCUUAUUCACUUAAAUAAAAUACAAUUUACAUUUUA